UUGGUCACUUUGAUAUUUACAAUUUGUUUUUAUUUGUACAUUUGUAAACAAUUGCAAGAAGUAAGCCUUUUUAUAGUCAAUAUUAAAACUUUAAGGAAAGCAAAACAUAAAUCUAAAUCACUAUUAAACCUCCAACACUUUAGAAGUCCUAAAAAUUAAUCAGUUUUUUUAGGAUAAACAAAAUGUUCAAAAGAUCCAAGCCCAAAAUUGAGCCCCCACCAAAGGCUCCAAGUGUGGAAGAGAUGCUGGAGGACAUGGAAACCUUUGAGGUCAAUCAGCCGCCCAUAGGUGCAUCAUCUUCCGAUUUGGAGCACGUCCUUCUCACAGAACCGGAGAAUCUAACUCUGCCAGCUUGGUGGCAGAUAUUCGACGAAUACGAUCAGAAGGUCAAGAAACUCUCGGCCACCGAGGGACAUCUGGAGGAACAAAGAAAUCAACUUAAAGAAUGCUAUGCCAAGCUGGAGAGGAAUGCCGACAAAUUGAGGGAGGGCAUCCAAAAGCAACAGGCCCUAGCCAAGGAAGCUCUUAAAAGUUAAAUAGUGUUUUAAUUAAAGAAUAAAUAUUCCACUUUUGUAUAUUUUGUAA